GUUGUGUGCUUGCGGCCAGUAGCGGACACUUCAUGACGCACGGAAACGCGCAGCUCCAAUAAAUACUUCUUUAAAUGGAGGAUCAAGCUUAGGCUACGUCCUGCAGCUUAGAUGUAACUUACGCUUCGUAUCUUUAUAUGGUGAGCAGGACACCAGAUCUCACAGGACAUGGAUAGAGGGUGGUUUAUUGGACAGGAGAGGAUCUCCUCUACUAAAUCUGAAGAGCAGAGCUCUUGCAGCAGCGUCUCAAGGCCAUGCAUGACUAUCAACCUGACGGAAAUGCUCCGAGCUGACAGACCUAAUGCAGUAAAGAAGCCGAUUCCAAUCCGGCCCCCAAGCCCCAGAGUCUCUCUGCCAAGGGCACAAGAGUUACACCGCAGCCUCUCCUGCGAACCCACGCCUAAACCUAUCAUCCGUCAACGGUCACACUCUUUGCCCUCCGCCACGGAGAAGAAGAAGCAAUGCAGAGCUGUUGGUGUGCGGUUUGUUGACUCUCUGGGGGUUGAUCUGGAAGACAUCAGGCUUUUCAAAUCUGGAGAGGAUCCAUUUGUACCACAACAUGUUACCUUUAGAUUGUUGAUGGGUGCAGAGUUGGCAGAUGGAAGGCAUCUGGAGAUAUCCCUGCCAUACCUGAAGCCGGUUUUUGCCCAACAUCCCGGUGACCAGCCAGGAUUCCUGCAUCGUCUCCACAAGCAGAAAGUGUGUCUGGAGAGAGUCUUGUGUUUUGAACUGGGUGUCAUCGGAAUCACCCAGGUCCUCAAUUUGGACUUUGAGAAAGAUGUGACAGCUCGCUAUUCAUUUACAGAGUGGAAGAGCUGCACAGAAACUAAAGCCUCUUGGGUGUCCACCAUCACCAAGACCUGGGAAGGAGGAGGGGGACAGCACAGUUAUGAUACGUUUCGUUUCCACCUGCCUGUUCCUCCAUUCCUUCAGCCUGGAGCAGUCUUACAGUUUGCCAUCCAGUACAAAGUCUGUGGUGCUGAAUACUGGGACAACAAUGAUGGAGAGAAUUAUAAGUUAGUUUGCCAUAACUACAAGCUCACUGUGCCCAAAGAAUGCGAGGAUAGCAUGGUGCACUUUAUUUAGUAUGCUGAGUACAGGUAGAAGAAUCUAUUUAGAGCACCUUGUCAGCAAGACCUAUUGAAAAUGCAUAACUGCAUUGUAACAUGUAAUGUUCAUUUUGUUAGACAAGUGCUAACACAUGAUUCCUUUCUGUUCAAGAUUAAUUGUGAACUCUGGACAGACUUCUGCCACUGUUUUUCUUUUUUUAAAUUGCACUAUAUGAUUUUCCCAGAUAUUAAAAAAAAUGCACUUUAUUGUGGAAACAUCCACUGAGCAUCACGUAAAUGUUCAGUGGUACAUGAAGGCACUUCACUGAACAAUGUUUUCUUUCAGCUGGGUAUUUGACAUAGACAAUAGUUUUAUACACUGCAGGAUGUUGGUCUGCUGAACCAUUUGCUCUGUAUUCAGAGUUUAUUUUUGAGUCAAUAGUUUUUAAACCAAAUAUCCAAACCAUGCAAUAGAUACAAUUUGAAUAUCUUUUAAUGAAUCAGAAAUACCUGCUUAUUUUUUUUAACAAUAAAGCACAAUUGCACAUAA